AUGCCCGGAGCAGCAGCAGCGGGGGCAGCAGCAGCAGCAGUCAGGGCGCAGCAGCAGAAAACGGGAGUGGGAGAGGAAAUAACUGCAGCAAUAACUGCAGCAGCAGCAGCAGCAGCAACUGCAGCAACAGCAACAGCAACAGCAACAGCAACAGCAGCAAUAGCAGCAGCAAAAGGAGCAGCAGCAAGAGUAAAAGUAGUGGUGGUGGUGGUGGGGGUAGUUGCAGCAGCAGCAGCAGCAGCAGCAGCAGCAGUCAGGGCGCAGCAGCAGAAAACGGGAAUGGGAGAGGAAAUAACUGCAGCAAUAACUGCAGCAGCAGCAGCAGCAGCAGCAACUGCAGCAACAGCAACAGCAACAGCAACAGCAGCAAUAGCAGCAGCAAAAGGAGCAGCAGCAAGAAUAAUGAAGGGCCGAAGGGCAGCUUCCGUCUGCAGCGGCAGCAGCAGCAGCAACAGCAACAGCAGCAGCAGCAGCAGCAGCAGCAGCAGCAAUGCUAGAGAGCUGCUGCACAGCAACACAGCUCGGGAUGCCUCAGGGGACGAAGCAUCUCUUGAUGAGACAGCCACGGGCUCUAGUCCUGAUGAGUGUGGGGGGCAGCCCGAGGGCGGGGGGGCUGAGGCGGACCUUCUCCUGGCGGCGGCUUAA